UAGGAUAAUCUUAAAAGAAGAAGUGCGAGAGGAGAAAAGAGAACGAUGUACUUCGAUAAAGAGAGAAGAACGAAGUAACAAGGUGAGACGGUAUAUGACGAAGAAGAAGUGCAAUCCGAUCGUGCUGAUAGUGGGGCAGACGAGAAACAUCGAAAGAAGAAAAAUACAAGAGACGGACAAGAACGAAGAAAUGGUUCGCGAGAAAGCGGAGAGACAGAAGGAUCGAGAAGACGAGUAGGGGAGAGAACGAGAGACCGAUCGAAGGAGAAAGCUAGAAGAUCAUUCUCCGAGUCUCUUUCUUCUUCUUCUCCCUUUCUCUCGCACUCCCAAUCUCUUCUUUCUCUCUCUCCCUCUCUCUUUCUCCUUAUCCCUCCUGUCACGUGCACCUGUCUUCGUUUACCUGGUGAACGCCCCGCCCCAGCCAAUAGAGGUACGGCGGGCCUGGUGACGUCAGUCACGCGUACCAGGAGGCCCUAGGUAGAGGGGACGAGAUCAUCCACCACCACCUUUGGAGGACACGAGAGCCCCACGGGGGCCAGCGGCUAACAGCAGCCAGCGGCAGCGGUCUGGCCGGCCGUUUGCCACGGGGUGGGGGCAGGAAGAGGGGUACUCUGGACCUGGCCAGGUCGCAGAAACAACGCAGGAGUAACCCACCAAAACCCAUCCUGUAUUUCCCACCACCGUGGCUCGUCCGGAAAACGUGCGCCAGCUUCCGGACAGCGGUUUCGUGCGAGUUCAGUCAAGUGAGUCGAGUCGCACAUACAUCCUCUCGCGACGAAAACCAAUCGCAGGGGGUUUUCGAGUGAGGAAAGACGGGAACGCGUUGGCACGUGCCGACGAGGCAAUUUAAAGGGCUCUCACGGGUGUCGAAUCGUUCGACAGUGUCAUACAAUCGGGUGCGAAUCCGACGUAAGAUAUAAUUCUCGGGAUGUAGAAUGUAGAUUGUAGAAAGAUCCUCCUCGAUUCGGUACCAACACCGAUUCGAUGACACCCGGUAUAAUGUCGGCAUCGUGAAAGGAAGAGCAAGACCUUUUUGUUCCGAUCUUACGGCAGGUUCGCAGCGCGUCCCGUUCGGGGUUCUCCCGGUUGAACCAUUCCGUCGGUUGCGCGCGGUUGUGAUCAUCGGCGCGACUACCAGGGGAUCGCAUCGGUGGUAAGAGUGCGUGCACUCGGGAGGGGUGUGUGAUGCCCUGGUUAUGGUUAAGCGUGAGUGAGGUCAAUGGCGAGAGGCGGGGAGGAAGAAUCGGUUGCAGAACGUCACCAACAUCGUCAUCGUCGUCGUCGUCGUUCUGCCAGCCAUUCUGCAGACGACGAGAAUAGUGACCGUGCAGGGUCCACCUCGAGGCAGAGGCACGCGAUUAUGGUGCACCAUCGUAAUCAUCGCCGCGGUCUCCAGGCGAGCCACCACUGUGCCAUCGGGAGACGCCAUACGGGCCUCUCGCUCUUCCAGAUACUCCUGCUCAUCCUCGGCCUCUGGCUGCCCUUAUUCGAGAACGGCGCGCUGGCGUGCGGACCCGGUAGGGGCGGCGGCCGACGGCCGACCGUGAGGAAGCUCACACCCCUCGUCUAUAAGCAGCAUGUGCCAAACGUCAGUGAGAACACUCUUCCGGCCAGCGGGAUCCACGAGGGAAAGGUAACCAGGGAUGAUGCCAAAUUCCGAAAUCUCGUGCCCAACUACAACACGGACAUCGUCUUUAAGGAUGAGGAAGGCACCGGCGCGGAUCGUCUCAUGACACAGAGGUGCAAGGAGAAGCUCAACGCACUGGCGAUCUCGGUGAUGAACCAGUGGCCGGGAGUGAAGCUGAGAGUGACAGAGGGCUGGGAUGAAGACAGCAGCCACGCGUCCGAGUCCCUGCACUACGAGGGACGUGCUGUCGAUAUAACGACGAGCGAUCGGGAUCGCUCCAAGUACGGGAUGUUGGCGAGACUCGCGGUCGAGGCUGGUUUCGAUUGGGUCUAUUACGAGUCCAGGUCCCACAUUCAUUGCUCCGUCAAGUCUGAAUCGUCCUCAGCGGGCAAGUCCGGCGGUUGCUUCCCCGCAAAGGGUCUCAUCAGAACGGAAUACGGCGGUACAAAGACGCUGGACCAGGUGCGUCUGGGCGAUCGCGUCGCCGCCUUGGACCCCAGCGGGAAUAUCGUGUACAGCGAGGUGAUCGCUUUCCUGGAUCGCGCUCCAUCCGAGAUGCGACAGUUCGUCCGUUUAACGACGGAAUCCCGCCGAGUGUUGACGUUGACGCCGGCGCAUCUGGUACCCGUGAAGGGUAGUUCGUCGAUAUUCGCCGCUAGAGUACAGCCCGGCGACAGGAUCCUCGUGAGCGACAUCACCACGACAAACAACACCAGCGGAGAUCUACAUUGGGACAAGGUCGUCGAGACGAAGCUGGUGCUCGAGAAGGGCGUAUUCGCGCCGCUGACGACGGAGGGUACGGUCGUGGUGGAUGACGUCGUGGCGUCCUGCUACGCCGUCAUCGACAGCCAGACGGUGGCGCAUUACGCCUUCCUGCCGCUGAGGAUCUGGAACAGUGUAACGUCCUUCUUCGUACAAAGGUUGGACGACGGGCCACAUGUCAGAGAACGAAACGAGGAGUCCCAAUCGACGGAGGAGGGCGUUCAUUGGUACGCGUCGAUGCUCUAUUCGCUGUCCACCUACGUGCUGCCGUCGAAGAUGCUCUACAAUUGAAAUAAACGUUGACAGAUGUCAUGCCUCGAGCGGAACCGUCGAAGAUCAGGGCUCGAGUGCUUGGCGUAAGCGAUGCGUGUUGUAAAGACUCUUCGACACUGGAGCCUCUCGAACUUUAGUGAUUUGAUUAAUCGUCCAAGUGCUGUCGAGGCACUUGGGCCUCUUCCUAUUACGGAUCGUGGAUUCAAAUUACACGCGUGUCGUCAAAAAUAGUAAUGUAUAACCGUGACGAUUGAAUCCCGAUUCGUGAGGAGAACGUGUGUAUCUGAUAAGCAAGAAUAAAAGACGUCGUUCUAAACGAGAGAGUUGGCCAGUGAGACCUAUCCGUGUUCACCGAAUGAUGUAGUAUAUUAGAUUCAUUAGGACGAUAUCUAAAGGAAUGAAUAAAAAAAAAGAAAGAACAAAGCUUUAGAGAGAAUCGGAGCUUUUCUCUUUGAUAUAAUAUUCCCUCUGUUCCUUAUAUAUGAAAGCUCUCGCGAAUCGUGUGUAUCUUGUUCGGUAUAUUUGCGUAUGAAGUUCUAUCUAAGAAAGUGUGUAAGAUAAUAGAUCACUAACAUUUCUGUCAUUACGUUAUCCCAAUCAAUUUUUAUGUACGUGCAUGCAGCAAGAAUGAGUCUAUAUUUAAAUAUAUCUCUCCGUUGUUGUAAUUAAUUUAAAGAUACGGAGAGAAAUAUCUUGAGAGGAUUCAUCGCGGAUCCUCUUUUAGGAAAUAAAGAUUAUUGUACAUAGUCCAACUUUCCUUUCACUUCAUCUAACGCGAUCAGAAGGGAACAUCUAAUCUGCUUCGACUUUUCAUCCCAUUAACACACAUCGCUCUUGUAUCCAUUAUAUAUUUAACUUUAUAAAACCUGAAACUAUAAAUCUGUGUUCAGUUUAGUUACACUUUCUUGCAGUUUCUAUAUUUAAGAUAAGACAAUUGUAGAUUUAGAGAUUUUUAAAGGAGAGGAAUUAGAUGGACAAGAUGCAGGAAGUGCAACUGAAGCAAAUAGAUAUUCGUUGCCACUAUCACUUGUCAAUUGUGACAGUAACAAUCGAGUACCUUUUCGUUGUAUAGUAAUGUUAAAUCGUAUCGCGUUACUGUCACAUUCUUAACGAUCAAUUAUAAUCGUCGUAAAAAUUAAUUA